UAAGCUUUGUUCUUUUCGUUGCUUCAAACUUCACAAGUUUUUUGAUGUUUAACUCUAACUCUUGUUCAUUUUCCUUCCAGCUCAACACUUUGGCGGAGGAAAACUUCCGCACCAUCAUUCGCGUCCCCGUCACCGGCGACACGGCGGAGGAGGCUCCGGAAGACGACGAGGAGGAAGAGGACCAGGCACCCCGCAAGGCGGCCCCUCGACCUACAAAGCGUCCCCGCGCCAAAGCUUCCGGCUCUGAAGCCGGAGCUAGCGGCGAGGCCUCCGCCAAGAAGCCGAAGACGACAAAACCACCUCCGCUAGACUCAAGGAAAGCGGAGCGUGCGCGUCUAAGAAUGCUCUCGACAGCUGGCCAGGGCACACGCCCCAUCAUCCCCGGCGCCCCGAAUCCGAAAACCGCUGCCACGCGGACCACCAGCCAGGAGCCCAUCACAAAAUACAUGAAGAAAUCUCCGGCUGUUGGUCCCUCUACUCCAGUUCCACCAAGCGUCUCCCACCCAACUCCCCAACCGUCGCCCCCUCAGGCUGAUCCAUCUCCCCCACCUGCCGCAAACACUCCACCGGAAAUAAUUCCGGUUAGCAGCGGGCAUGCGGGCGAAGAAGAUCCUAAGGCCAAAGGCCCUGCCCAAGAAGAGGCGGAAAAACAAGGCCAAGGAGAGGUUGAAGUUCCAGCAAUGAUGCUUUAA